CCAAUAUUACAUUAAUUUGGACAAAGUAUAUGUGAAGGAGGAGGGAGUAUUCUUUUGCGAAGCCCAAGACCGAGAGGCGAAAUCAUCGACGGCCGACCGUCGGCCCUAAAUCCAGAACAAAGAACAUCAUGUCGGUGCUGCCGGACGAGCUCUGGAUAACGAUAAUGGAAGCCGGGAUCGAAUCCAAAACCCUAGAAUACAAGGACCUCUGCUCGCUUUCCGUAGCCUGCAGCCGUUUCCGUCGACUUGCUUCCGAAGAUUCUCUUUGGUCGUUCCUUCUCCGUUCCGAUUUCUCAUCUUCCACCGACGAUUCAAAAAAGGAGAAAGAAAGCACCUCAUCUUCAAUACUCAGCGGAAAGUUUAAAAGCCUCUACAAAAUCAGGUACAAGGACAGGGAAAGAAAACGCUUGGCGCGUCGAAUUGUUAUUCUGAGAAUGCAGAGUGAAUUAGCUGAGCGGUUGAGGAAAAUUCGAGAUGUACAAUUCCAAUCCUCAGAGGGGAAAGAGAAAACGAAUAUGAUGGCUGAUGAAAAGAUGAAUUUGGGCAAGGCUAGGGAAGGUUCUAUUGCAGUGAAUUUUCGGCAAGGCAAUGUGCCUAUUGAAUCUCGGAUUAAUGCUCUUGAGAUGGAAAUCAAUCGUUGCAAAGAACAGAUUGCAGGUGUUGACAUGGAUAUUCAUGUAGAAAAACAAAGGCUUCAUGAGAUUAGGAAACGGUUGGCUUCUGUGAAAUAUCACCGGAAAUGCUAGUUUCUGGACAAUUGAAUGCAAGGCCAGAGGUAAAAGGUGCAUAAUUGUAAUGGCCAAUCCUGAACAUAAUAGCUACCGAUAUCACAGAAUUUCUUAUCGACAAUGCUCUCAUUUAUGGAUGCUGUAUAAUUCACGAACCGAUGCUCGAUGAGAACUGAGCUGAUCGGAAUCACUUAUUUCAUUGUUUUCAGAUGUUUUGAUUAGAAUUGUUUCUGGUGCGAGUUAGCUCACAGCCCAUCAUAACCUUGUUUGAAAGGACCAGUCGUCAGUGUUCACAACUUAAUGGAUGAUGAGCUAGAUAGACAACUUGUUAACAAUGAUACACAAAUAUUACUCUCUUGUCUAAGAGAAAAAAUGUUUAUGUUUUAUUAUUUG